AAUUUGAACAAAUUUUAGAACGUUGUAAUUCAAUUAAAGAUAUUAGAGAAGCAGCUAAAAAUUAUCCAAUUCUUCAACAAGAAUUAAAUAAUAGCUUACAACUAGUAAAAGAACUUUUAAAUAAUGCUGCAACAGCUGAAGAUAUUAAUCAAUUAUUUGAUGCUAUUUUAAGAUUAGAUCAAACUAUAUUAAAAACUGAUAAAACCUGGAAAUCUGUUAAAAAUAAGCAAAUUUCUUUACAACCAAUUAAUGAAUUAGAAUUAGAAAAUAACUCUGAGUCUGAAUUCAUAGUUACCAGAUUAAAAUCAAAAAGUAAAAAGCGAGUUAGUAGUGAAAUUGAGUCAAGUAAUAGCGAACAUAUUGGGAAUAAUUCUGAUGAUUCAUUAAACCAAAAUAUGCAAUAUUCGGAUUCAGAAAUUUGGAAAAAUUUAUUUUAUGCAAAUACUGAUAUUAAUAAUAGUGAAUUCACAUAUAGUGAAGAAAGUGAUUAUUAUAAUGAUGAUAAACUGGCAAAUAGUAAAGCGAAUGUUGAUGACUCUAGUGAAUCUAUAAUUAAUGAAUUAAUAAGUGGUGAAGAAAGUAAUUAUGAUAAUAAUGAACUAGCAAAUUGUGAAGUGAAUGAUAAUGAUUCUAGUGAAUCUAUAAAUAAUGAAUUAGUAAAUAGUGAAGAAAGUGAUUAUGAUUCCGAAACCAAAAGUUUAUUAAGCCUUGAUGCUGACAAAACAAUGAUUAAACAGUUAUUUGAAAAGUUGUUUAUAAAUGAUGGAUUAACAUGUAAUUCUCCGAUGGAAAAGGCUUAUUACUCUGCCCAAAUAUUUUCAUUACUAUGUUUUAAUUGCGGUGAUACUGAUAUUGUUACUCCAAUUCCAGCUACUCAAUAUCCAUUAUGCACAGAAUGUACACAAAAAGGUCUUGAUGAUAAUUAA